UUAGACGUAACAGAUCAACAAAGCUUUCGAGUUCAAAAGUCAUUAGUAAACGCCAAAAGUUUGAUAAAAGUGUAUCUGUUUUGCCAUUUCUUCCCAAAAAAAUGAGCAUAUCGAAAAAUAAGGCAGACACAUUGGUUGAAAACGAAGGUGAAUCAAACGACGAAUUAGUUAUAGCAGCUUCUUCAAAAGCUUGCCGCGGCCAAGCUAAAGAAAUAUUAGAGAGUGAGGGUGAAGAAGAACUGAUCAACUUUUUCUUUAUUUCGGUACAAUUUGGAAACUUACGAGCUGUAAACGAUUGCUUGAAUUGUGGUAUAUCCCCAAAUAUUCGCCAAGCUGAUACCACGAACGCCCUUCACGUAGCUGCAGAACAAGGAAAUCUAAACAUGGGGCGCUUAUUACUUACUAGGGAAGAAACUGAUAUUCAUAUGAAAACAAACAAAGGAUAUACACCACUUCAUAUGGCUUGUUAUUUUGGAAAGAAAACAUUUGUCGAACUAUUGUUAAGUAAUAACGCGAAUCCAAAUUGUGAAACAUUAAACAACAGAACUCCUCUUCAUAUAGCAACAAUAAGACAAAACUACGAGAUACUUUCCCUUCUUUUGGGUAACAGUGCAAAUCCAAACGUUUUGGACAGCUUUUGCGACACUCCCUUAUCAAACUGCAUAAUUAGGAAACCUAACUUCAAAAUGGCUGCAUUACUAAUAGUCGAUUACAAGGCCGAUACCAACCUUCACUGCGAAAAACAUAUGCAUAUCAUAUUAAAUUUGGCUCAGUCUUGUCACACUCAAAAUGAAUUGAAGUUUGUUCAAUUACUCAUUGAUAACGGGGUGGAUUAUCAUGCAACUCAUCCGAUUACAAAUAAAAAUGCACUUCAUUUUGCGGCAAUGACUGGUUAUGAACCAAUCAUUUCGUUAUUACUUGAAUACGGUGUUAGUACAACGCAAAGGGAUGUUUGGAAUCGGACUCCUCUACAAGUGGCUGAACAACAUGGAAAUGAGAAUGCAAUUGAUCUUCUACUAGCCUAUGAAACUCUACAAUUUCCUAAUAAACUUUGA